AUUUAAUUUUAGUUAGACAUCGAUCCCCAUGACUUCUACUGCUACUACUCACAAACCUAGCUAGCUACCUUCAAUCUCCCACAUAUAAUUCCCACAGCUUUCCAUACCCUACUGCUCUCUUUGAUCCAAAACCCUAUAUUUACAGCCAGUACCGUACGUGUUUAUCUCUUCAUGCACUGUUUCUCCCGUUUUUUUGUGAGACGCAUGAGAUAGAUCCAGAUAAGUCUCAAGCUCGAGAAUUUUGACUUCUUCUUGGCCUGCCCGGCUUGCUCUAUACGUAGUACUGCCAGUUUAAUUGGUUUUGUGGCCGCGCCAGCUCGCUCAUGGCUGACUCCGAGGACGAGUCUGGAGGAGGGCAAAACAACGCAAACUUCAACGGCGAGUACUCUUCCCUGAGAGAGCAGGACAGGCUUUUGCCUAUAGCAAACGUGAGCAGGAUCAUGAAGAAAGCGUUGCCGGCCAACGGGAAGAUCUCCAAGGAAGCUAAAGAAACCGUACAAGAAUGUGUGUCGGAAUUCAUCAGCUUCAUUACCGGAGAAGCCUCCGAUAAGUGCCAGAGGGAGAAGAGGAAGACCAUCAACGGCGACGAUCUUCUGUGGGCCAUGACAACGCUGGGGUUCGAAGAGUAUGUGGAGCCGUUGAAGAUUUAUCUGCAGAAGUUCAGAGAGAUGGAGGGAGAAAAGAGUAGCAGUACUACUAGUACAGCUGUGGCCGGCGGAAGGCAAGGGGAGAGGGAUAUUGGCGGCGAUGGCAGUGUUGGGAAUAGUGGGAACUCUGGGGUUGGGAUGAUGUAUGGUGGGGUGCAAUCCACUAUGAUGAUGAUGGGUCAUAAUUAUCAUGGUGGCCAUGACAUGUAUGGAUCAUCAGUCAGUGGAAGUGGUAGUGGAGCCUCCUCUGGAAGGCAAAGGUAGGUCCAAUUGUUUCAAGGAUAAUGUUUUUUUUUUUUUUUUGGAUAUGCAUGCAUGAUAGAAUGGUGAUGAUGAUGAUGAUGAUGAUUUCAAUUUGAUAACUUUGCUGAAUGUUUACUUA